ACGCGAUGACGUCACUGGCGAUCUGACAGCACUUCCUGGAGUGAUGUUUGUUGUGGGAAAUAAGCACUGUGCUGCCCGACUAGUACUGGGCCCACAUUAACGGAACAAGGACGAAACAGACACCGUUCCCUUUCAUGUGGAGAUGUGGCAGCUUUCUGCAGGGGCCAAAUAAGCAAGAGGGACGCGCCGGGACCAGGACGAAGGAGGGGACAUUUGUCGGAUAGCGGAGAAGCAGAACCGCCAACAGACAGCACGGAGCUGUCGCGAUGCGGUAGCUAAAACAUGGACAGCAGAAUCAAGGAGAACCCAGAGAGAACAUUUGAUCUGGUACUGCAUGUGGCAUCUCCAACAGCUAUUAAUGGAGAUCCAACCGUGCUGUGGAGCUUCCCUCAGGACUACACCGACCAGGAGGUGCUUCAGACGAUACCAAAGUUCUGCUUUCCCUUUGACAUGGAAAGAGUCUCCCAGAGUCAUGUUGGACAGAACUUCACCUUUGUGCUGACGGAUAUCGACGGCAAGCAGAGGUUCGGGUUCUGUCGACUUACUCAAGGUUGCCGAGUUUGCAUAUGUCUGCUCAGUUAUCUUCCAUGGUUUGAGAUCUACUACAAGCUGCUGAACACCCUUGCAGACUACCUAACAAGACAACAGAAUAAUGACUUGAAUGACAUGCUCAACUCUCUAUAUGAUCUUCCUGUGCCAAAGCCCUUCACGCCAGUCAACCUGAGUGUGAAUGAGCAGUUGUAUAUUGCCACUGGGCAAGUACUGAGAGAUCAGCGAAGCAAGGCACCGCACUCCUACUUCAUCGCCCCGGAUAUCAAUGGACUGCCAACUAUCCCAGAGAGUAGAAAUCUGACAGAAUACUUUGUGGCUGUGGAUGUCAACAACAUGCUGCAACUCUACAGCAGUAUGCUUCACGAGCGGCGCAUUAUCAUUACCUCAAGCAAGCUGAGCACUUUAACUGCAUGUGUCCACGGUGCAGCUGCUUUGCUCUUUCCAAUGUACUGGCAGCAUAUCUUCAUCCCCGUGCUGCCCCCGCAUCUUCUGGACUAUUGCUGUGCACCCAUGCCAUACUUUGUGGGAGUUCAUCUUAGUCUGCUGGAGAGAGUACGCAGUCGGUCCCUGGAGGAUGUGGUCAUCCUGAACGUGGACACCAACACACUGGAGAGUCCCUUUGAUGAUCUGCACAACCUUCCCAGUGACGUGGUGUCCUGUCUGAAGAGCAAGCUUAAGAAGCAGUCGACAGCAACAGGAAGUGGCGUGGCGAGGGCCUUCCUGAGAGCACAGGCCGCUCUGUUUGGCUCCUACCGGGACGCCCUCCGAUAUAAACCUGGGGAGCCUAUAACGUUCUGCGAGGAGAGCUUUGUGAGCCAUCGCUCAAGCACGAUGAGGACCUUUUUGUCCAUGGCUGUCAACCUGCAGCUCUUCAAACAGUUCAUCGACGGACGGCUGGCCAAAUUGAACGCAGGCCGCGGCUUCACCGACGUGUUUGAAGAAGAGAUCACAGAGGGGGGCUUCUGUGGAAGUAAUGGAAAGUCCUAUCAGCAAUGGAUGCACACUGUAAAGAGAGGAGGAGCACUCAUCAAUACAGCAGUGACAAAGGCCAAAAGUCAUGCCAAGAGGGGCAUCCGGGACAUAAAAGGACGACUCAAAGCACGGGAGGAAGAGGAGGAAGGGAUGACAGUCUGUGCGGGAUCCCCCACCAGUACCAAGAGCCUGUCUCCAAGGCGACUGCAAAGGAUGAGACGGCAAAACUUCAAGAAGUCUCCAGUGAGCGUGGGCCCUCGAGAGCUUGGCUACGGGCUUGAUGACGACGAGCUGGACAGGGCUAGCAAGCUCUCGUCAGAGGACAGUGGUGAUGUCCCGUCAUACACGGAGGACAGCGAUGACUCCUACUCUUUGGAGCUGGACAUCGACUCCUCCCAGUCAGGCAAGAUGAACCUGCUGGAGGAGAUCCUGGACUCUCUGAACACCACCACGAUGGAGCAAGGCAAACUCAUUGCAGCCAAGAGCCUAGACUUCUUCAGAUCCUUGGAGGACUUGGACUACCAGGCCCCGAAUAAGGUUAACGCCUCUGGUGACUUUCAACCGUCAGAGGAAAGCGGUUGUGGCGGAGGCGGGGAUCAGGGGGGCUGGAACAUGGGUCAGGAUGACAGUGCGGUCCACGGGAAACACCUCCCACCGUCCCCGCGCAGACAGCCCAACAAGAGCAGCCUGAAGAAACCCCUCAUCCCCCCUGUGCCUGUAACAGAUGAGCAGUCCCGUCCACAUUCUCUACCUCCAGAGAGACGAGCGGGAGACCGCUUCUCCUAUUCACCCUCAACAUCUCAUCGGAUUACACCCACAACGCCAUCUCCAACUUUGUCUCACGCAUCUUCAAUUCCAAACUAUUCUCCGCUGCCGGCGGCCCGCGCUCAGACCAUUUCAGAGCCCCAAGCGAGCACUGAGCCCCCUCCGACGCAGAACCCGACCGGCUCCACCGGCAUCUUGAGGAGGAAGGUGCUCUCCAAGGAGACGGUGAGGAACUACAAGAAGAAGUCUCUGCAGAGGCAGGGAUGCAAGGAGACUAGGGCCAGGAACAGCCAUUCAGUGCAGGUACCCUGGGAGAAGGACUACAAGGAGGGGCUUCCGAGUCUGGAUCACUCUAAAGGCCCGGGGGCGACUUUGCAGGAUCGAGGCCUCCUGGAGGAGAUCGAGUCCAUGUGCUGUGUCGGACCGGUACUCCACAGUGGCCUGCAGCUCUCGCAGGUUCACUGCAAUAACAGUCACCACAGCAAAGCCACAGAAAACUCGUAACUUUCUACCGGGCAGUUUGAUUCUGGAAGUCUGCGGCAGCCUGCCACGGAUCCAUUUCAUGUCAAGACUUACAGAGAAAUGUGAGGACCUAGAGCUGGAGUCUGUGGGAACAAAACAGGAAAGACUGGCGGAGAGGAACAAGAUCUCAUCCAAGGGACUGAUUUCCACAACUUAUGCAAGAAGUAAAUGCAUAUUGGCAAGACGCUCUACAGGUGCAUCCAAAUAGGAUGUCAUAGCUAGGAAAACUUCAUUCAUUUCAGUAGUUCAAUUCAAAAAGUAAAUUUCACAUAUGUAGAUUCACUACACACUGUGAAAUAUUUCACAAUUUAAUAACGUUGAGGAUUAUAGUUUACGGUUAACGAAAACCCUCAAUUAACCAUCUCGAGAAAUUCUAAUACAUUGAACACCCGCAGCUGGCACGGUGCGGCCUGGUUAUGUGUUCUGUAUGUUUUUAUUGUUUAGGCUAGAUAGAAUCACUUUCAGAAGAGUCUGUGUUUAAGUCAAGCUAAGAUUGUCGCUACUGUAACCUUUAACGAACAAGGGGAAUAUUUAUAUUUAAUUUGGAUUAAUUUGAGAAAUUGACAUUUAAAAGGUUAUGGAUGGGGUUUUUGGUGCCUGAAAAUGACCUUUUUUGCAAUUUUGGUAUUCUCAGAGAACGGCUGGUCGGUACAAUGGAAAACUGGUUAGCGCAUCUGCCUCACAGUUCUGAGGACCGAGGUUCAAAUCCCGGCCCCACCUGUGUGGAGUUUGCAUGCUCUCCCCGUGCCUGGGUGACACAAAAGAUGUUCCAGUGUCUCUGAGGGGUUUUGUCCUUUGAUCCAGAAGAACAUCCCAUAUGUGUUUCCAGUCAAGUUUUGCCACAUGAAACCCAUCAGUCACGAACAGAAAACGACUUGGAGGCAGAGAAUUGUCAAAGAAAUGUUUUGGUAACCCAAUUGCUGAUUGAUUAAUUAAACAAUUAAGAGGUGUGUCCUGAGACUUUAGUCCACACAGCCUUCUGCAGAUGUCAGAUUUAAAAAACAUUUUUUGUUCUCAUUAGCAAUGAAAACAUGAUGGAAGGAAGGAGGACUUUGAGAGUAGUGCCCAUGUUGCAUUUUUCACACGUUCCAGGAAUUCAAAUAAGUCACAUCCCAUCGUCAUGGCAACGGUCCUCACAUAUCACUCGAGCAACGCACUUUUCGAUGAACAAGUAUUUAAACGGUCCUCGUGAGCCUUGGGAAGUGAUGUACAACAUUUCUGACACCACCCCUUAAGUGGACAUGUGAUUUGUUUGUCUGUUGAUUACGUGAAUCCGUAUCGGAGGUGUGAACGGUACUUUCGGCAAAUACGUCAUUUAUCCUGGAGGAUGACGUGCUGUUAAGCUGCUCUUCAAAGUUGCAUUCCAGAUAAGGAACUUGCAUGUCGACACUGAAAGGAAGGCCACAUGAACAAUACGUCUGAUUUUUCAUUUUUCAACCCUUUCUCCUCGUCCUCUAUUGAUGUCUCUUGCUCUCUGCUCAAUGUCAUUUCUUUCAUCUUGUCUUCUCUUCAUUUCUUUUGUUGUUGUGGAAAGACCUUUAAGCAUUUAUUCAAUAUCUGUGAUAUCCAGUUUGAGGCACAUGUACUGGUCUGCUGUUUUCUUCACUAGUUUGUUCAGCACAGUGAUAGAAUAACUGUCUUACUAGUAAAGUGACAGAACAACUUUGGCAUACUAAUAGGACAACUGCAUGUUACUAGUGAGGAAAAACUUCACUAGUUGAUAUAUGCUAAUACUACUGGAGUGGUAGAUGUUAACUCGUAGAAUUAGAAGUAAUUAUAAUGACACUAGUAUUACUAGUAGCACAAGGUCGUCAACUAGUGAGACAAAACUACUAGUGGGCAUUUUUGGGUCUACUAGUGGGGUUCAAGAGGCUACUAGCGUGGGACAGAUGCCUACCAAUUAGGCCUAGCUGUGUUAUUACACUGCUAAAAUGCAAAAUCUUAACCAAGUGAAUGUAUCUUUUUUUCCUAGUGAAAACAUCGUACUGUACUUUAAGACAGUUUGACUUCUUUUUUUUUCCUCUAAAUUUUUCAGACAAAAAGACUUAUUUUAAGCUGCAAGAUCUUUAAGAAUUUGAUCGAAUCAAUUCAUAAUAGUUCCAUUGGCAGAUUACUUUCACUGAAUUUAGGGACAAAAUGUCUUAUUUUAACUUAAUAUAAGAUUCUUAAAAGUCACAACUGUCUUCACUGUCUGUUUGUUUGUCUGUUUUCACAAGAAAUAAGAUGCAUUUGAUGGGUAAGAUUGGCAUUUUUGCAGUUUAGUGCAGCACAGUGCAGCAUACUAGUACAUGAACCUUAAGCGCAAUAUCACGGAUACGGAACGGCCUUUCCGCGUGUCCGAGCUUCCAGUCGCACACUGACGAUAGCGUGUAUGAUUGUAACGCAGCUCACACUUACAUGUGUGUGACGUGUACAGUGUGAUUCUGUGGAGAGAAACGCUGCAUGCGGGGGUUUGAGGCUGAAACAGGGAAAAAAAAAAAGAAGGGGGGGGCUUUUCCCUGUGCUCGGUUUGGUGCUAUUGUUGUGAUUUCGACCAGACGCCAGUCAGCCGGCAGCCAGUUGGCGGAUUGCUGCUGCCGCCGCCCUGUUAAUGUUUUGCUCAUAAAGUAGCCGGCCAGCGUCUCAACGAGCAGACGUCGGUAGUAGUAACUCCAAAUAAGGAAAAACUCCAGAACCAACUCUGCGGCGGCCCAACUUACUGACACACAUUAAAACACAAAGUGACUAUGCAAACAUUUCCAACUCAAAGGGUAAUACUUAAACUACUUGGGGGGGGGGGGGGCAAAUCAAGUUAGCUUCUAAUGGGAAUAAGCCACGUCGGGUGUUGUUUGUGUGUUCAACUGUGUGGUGUGCCUUAUAAAGAGUAUACCUGGUACAGUAUUCAAGAGAACGGUAGGAGUAUGCAAUGUUUAAAUCAUCAUGUGGUCCUUUGAUUGUUUCAAGAGUGAAAACAACUUUCGAGUGCUUGUGACCAAAUGACCUGAAGUGAACUCAGGCAAUGUUUUUCAGACAGGACGCACCUCCUGGUAUUUGAUUUCAUUUGUCUUUUGUUAGAUUAUGAUUCCAUUAGUUUGAUUUUUUUUUUUUUUUUUUUAACUAUUUCAUUUCUUUUCUCAGAACUUGGGUCAAAAGUAUUAAAAAAAAGGCAUUUAAAACGCUCUCAGAGGAUUUCAUUUCAUAACAAAAAACCAGAAAAAUAAAAUAUUUUCAGCUCACUAGACAUGUAUUUUUUACAUAAUAUAUAAUUGGUGUUGUGUGUUGAAAAUAACACCCAAUGUGAAUGUUUUAGAUAAUAUUUUUUGAAAGAGACUAUUUACAAAAGAGACAACAAUAUCAAAUGUAUCGCCCACGUUCCAGUGCUUACUCUUGUUUCUGCACGCAUGUUCAGUACUUGGAUGUAUCGUCUGCUCGGACUUUGCUCUUAUUUAAUGUGGUUCAUUCAUAAUUAUUGGUAAUUAUAUCAGUAUUUAGCAUGUCAGUCCCCAAACAAAACAAAACAAAACAAAACAAAAGAAUGAUGCAAAUAUGUUGGUUCUGCCUUGCAUUGGAUUGCGUUGUAGUAUUUAACAUCAUCUGCCUUGUAGGAGAACAUCUUUUUUACAUUUAUUGGCUGCUGUAAAUAAACCGUAGAGAAGAAAUGCGUAAGCGGUUAACUACUUUUGUGAGUAACGUGAAAACUUAUGCUGACUGUUUACACUAAAGCUAUACAAUGAUGAUGACUGUAGUGUGGGGGAGUUCGCAUUUCACUAUGUGGAAGAAGAGCCACCGCUCGGUGCUUGUUGCUAUUCUGCCCGCGCCCGAGUGUGCUAAUGUAGCAUUAAGGAGUGCAGACAGCCACAUUUCAUCAUGUAUUUUAACAUCACUUUCCGUGCGCCAAAAAUAUUCUAAAAUGCAACAUCUGUGUAGUAGAAGUAUAAACAUGAAGCAACAUCUUGUUUGGUUAUUGUAACGAUUAAGUUCUCUGGUACGUUCUGAUUUUGUACAAAAUGGCAUGUUCUCGUUGUGGAGGAAACGACUGAGGUGCAUCUCAUGAGGUGUUGAUGACAAACCUGGUACAACUGCACAUCUUGUAUGCACUGUGAACUGAAAAUAAAUGCUCUUUCAUGCAA